UUCAACUCGUAAUGACGGAUCUGCGUUUUUUUAUGGCGAGCCACGCGGCGGCGUUGAAGGUUGGACUAGCUUUGAUGGGGCUGAGUAGGGGUUACAUACUUGGUCCGCCUCUCUACUGGCAUCUCACUGAGGCUUUGGCUGCCGUUAGCCACUCUUCCGCUUCCUCUUGUCCUCCCUGCGCGUGUGAUUGUUCUUCACAGCCUCUUCUCACGAUUUCCAAAGGACUCAGCAAUGCUUCUUUUGCCGAUUGUGCAAGGCAUGAUCCAGAAGUGAACGAAGACACUGAGAAGAACUAUGCCGAACUUCUGACCGAGGAACUGAAGCUGCGUGAAACAGACUCUUUAGAGAAACAUAAACGAGCGGACAUGGGGCUGUUAGAGGCCAAGAAGGUAACUUCUUCGUACCAAAAGGAAGCAGAUAAGUGCAACUCGGGUAUGGAAACAUGCGAAGAAGUUAGGGAAAAAGCGGAGUUAGCACUCGCCGAGCAGAAGAAGCUAACGUCUAAGUGGGAAGAGAGAGCUCGUCAAAAAGGAUGGAGAGAUGGAGCCACCAAGUCUAAUAUUAAAACCAAUAGCAAUGCUCAGGCUGCUGCUUAGAAACUCUAGGGUUCAGCAGAAAAGAUCAUAGCUCCAAAACCACUCGUGUAACAAUCUUGAAUAUCGUAGUUCAUAUUCAUAAUCAAUUAAUCAUAUUAUAUUGCGAGUUUGUAUAUAUGGCCUAACCGUGACUGGCAUGGCAUUCAUA